AAAAAAAUGAACUACCACAGAAACCAAUUUCGAUCCAAGAAUGACAACAACAGUUUGAGUAAAGCGUCGUCUUACGGCAACUGUGAGCCUGUUCGGAACAGGGGAUCCCUGCCAAACAGCAGAGUCCCCGCCUCCACUCGGACACAGAGAACCGUGCCGUUACCCCCCAUUGGGUACAUGAGAAAAAUGAACGACGACGCGAGGAAACGACGCGAUGACUUGCUGGUUCAAAUGAUGAGAGAGUUUAGUAUGGCAAUGGGUCAGACUCUGUCUGAACCGGUGACAACCAAAUACUCGUCCAAACAUGAAAACACGUUUGUGAAGGUGGGCUCUUCCUGUAUGCAAGGAUGGAGAAUCAAUAUGGAAGAUGCCCACAGUCAUCUUCUCAGUCUACCAGGAGAUAAAGACGCAUGUUUCUUUGGUGUAUUUGAUGGUCAUGGAGGUGUUAAGGUAGCACAGUAUGCGGGUAACAAUUUACAUAAAAAAAUAGUUUCACAGUCUUCUUAUUCUAAAGGUAAUAUAUCAGAUGCAAUACGGAGUGGAUUUCUUUCACUAGAUGAAGAAAUGCUAAGAGAUGAAGCAAUGAAGGAUGAGCUUGCCGGAACUACAGCCGUUAUUGUCUUGAUCAAAAAUGGGAAAAUGUAUUGUGGAAAUGUUGGUGAUUCCAGAGCGGUGGCCAGCGUACAGGGAGAGGUGGAGCAGCUGUCCUUUGAUCAUAAACCCAGCAAUGAGAGUGAAACACGGCGGAUUAUAGCCGCUGGUGGAUGGGUGGAGUUUAACAGAGUUAAUGGAAAUCUUGCCUUAUCAAGAGCCUUAGGAGAUUUUGUCUUCAAAAGAAAUGAUAAGAAACGGCCAGAAGAGCAAAUUGUUACAGCCAACCCAGAUGUGAUAGAAAAGCCAAUUACUCCAGAUCAUGAAUUUAUUGUGUUGGCGUGUGAUGGUAUAUGGGAUGUCCUCACUAAUCAGGAAGUUGUUGAGUUUGUUAGGAACAGGAUAGCUCAACGCAUGGAACCAGAUAUAAUUUGUGAAGAAUUAAUGACUCGUUGCCUGGCACCAGACUGCCAGGCUGGUGGUUUAGGCUGUGAUAAUAUGACAGUGGUGCUUGUGUGCUUUCUUCAUGGUGGUACUUAUGAUGACCUAGUCAGGAAAUGUCAGCGGCCGUGUCAUGGAGGGCAGGCCCCUCAUCUCAGAGAAUACAACGCUGGCUUUGAAUUCAAAUAGUUGUUUUUAAUCUGGCAAGGUUGUUAAUUAUUCAUUUAGUUUGACUAAAGAUUGUGUGAGUAAGAGUUUUGCACAAAGUGGGUAAUAUUUGGUUUCCUCUGAAGCCAUUUUUUAAAAUAGUGUUCUAAAGUGUGUUAUCCGGAAGUGAAUCUAUACCAUUUUUAUAGAAAUUAAUUAUGGUUGUCAGUAUUAUUUUCUUGUUGUUGAUAUUCCAAGACAGUGGGAUUUAGUGAUCAGUUGUGUGCAUGCUGAAUAGUUUAACAAGCAAGUUCAUUUUAACAAAGCUACUGCCCUUUCAAUCACACAACUUUUAUCCCUGAAUAUCAUUCUGACAUUGCUUGUUUCUAGUAUUUCUUAUUUGAACACAGAUUUACUUUUAAAUAAUCAUAAGUUAUAUGUUAAUUAAUGCUUCAAUUCUUUUUUUCUGCUAAAAUAACAGAUUAAAAAAGCAGCUUUACAUAUUUAAAGAUUUAUGACUAUGAAUGCAUAUGUUCAGUGCUAUCAAAGGUCCUGGUCUAUCUCUAUAUGAUUGAUUUUGCUGUUAAGGUAUCUACAAUAUAAUUUGUUGAGUUAGGCGUAGUUAAUCCACUUCACAUGUAUUGUCUUAAAUUUACAUUACGGUAAAGUAAAAUAAUUUUUGAAAGUUAAACAUUUAUUAUGUAGAAUUAGAAUGCAGUGUUCCCACUUAGAAAGGUGUGUAAAAGAAAAAAAAAUUACUUUGACCAUUGUAAAAAAAAAGUCAUGUACAUUUUCCUGACCUAAAUAAAAGAUUCCUUUGUGUGUUGAGUGAAAUGAAACAUUUUGAUAUAAAAUUAUUUCAGUUUUGUUCUCUAGUAAUGUGACACACAGCUCUGAUUUUUUAAAAUAUUAAAUAUUUUUGGUAAUAAAAUACAAACUACAUAACUUACCAUUUUAUCCAUUUUUAUUACUAAGUGCUUUACAUAUCAGUAAAUAGACCUUUGUUCUAGAACUAGAAAAUGGAUUGUAAUGAUUUUCUACUUUUGAUCCAUCUUAAAAAUAUAUAAAUGUGUAAAUAGGAAUUAUUUAUUGGGUUUGCAUCUAAAGUAUGGUUAUAUCACAUUUGAAUUAAAGGAAUUGUUUUUUAAGUAAAAGCCACUUAUUUUUUGUCAAAAGCACAUGGUAAAGCACUGUAAAUUAUUUUAAUGGAAGCAUUUCUUAUAGGAAUAAUUACUUGAUAAAUUUACAGUAUUAAAUUUACUCUAAGUAUUGUGCACAACCAAGAAGGAAGUGAUAUCAUUUAUGUUUUUUUAAUAAUUGCAUUUAAAAUUUAAAAAGUUAUACAUAUUAAAAAAAAUUAAACUUUUGAUACAUUCAGUCACAAGACAACAUAUGCCUCUUCCAUUAUGUAUGUAUAAAUCUUGCCAGUAAGGUUUUUUUUGGCUAUAUUUUCAUGUUUAAAAGGAAAUACAUUAUACUGAGACUAUU